GGUACCGUGAAAAUCUUUGGUGACAUGAUUGACCCAAACGUACCUUACAAAACUCUCCUACUCUCAGUAGAAGACACGGUUGCCCAGGUGGUACGAGAAGCCCUUGACAAGUACGGCCUCGAAGACGCCGAUCCGUCCUCCUACUGUCUGGUAAUGAGAUCUCGCUUCUCCAGGGAAACCCCAAACUAUCCAGCCCACGAGGAAAUCCUCCCCGAUGCGGCCAGUCCGUUAGGUCGUCUUCUAAUGGAUAAACCGCCCAAGGGCGUUAUCACAACCUUUGAGGUAAACUCUUUUGACAGUUCUCCUGGUUGA